UGCGUGCAUAUGGUGGGUAGAGUGUGUUGUUGCUUGUGUAUUUAUAGUGUGCGAGUGUCGAGACUGACUCGGGAUUGUUGUUUGUGUUUUCAGGAGGAGGUGGCCCCUGAAGUCGGAAGGAUGAGCUGCAUCGAACUUCCACGGCCCGGAAAUAUCUUGUGUGGCAAACCGAAAGAGGGCGACAUAUCUUGCCAACUGUUGCUCGGAACAUCCGCUUCUUCCGUCGAGUCUGAAACCUUCGCCAGCUAUGCUUCCCACAAAAGAACCGACGAACCCAGAGAGGUGACAUUAGACUUCUACACAGAAGAUGGCGUUCAGCAAAAAUUGGUUGUGGAGGAAAACUUACGGGUAUUGGACUUAUGUCAGUUGCUUACUCUCAAAUUCAAUGUUGCCAGAUCUCAUACUUGGACAUUGGUUGAACAGCUGACAUCACUUGGCAUAGAGCGCAGCUUGGAAGACCACGAAGAUGUCCUACAAGUAUAUGCUGGGUGGAAUCAUUGGAAAGGUGGCCCAGAAAAUAAAUUCAUUUUCAAGCAAGAUUUUCGAAAGUAUGAAUUCUUCCGCACACCCCAGCAAUUUUUUCCACUUUCAAUGCUGGAUCUGGGAUCAAGUAUCGAAUGUUUGUCGGAGUCUGCUGAUUUAGCAAAGUUUGUUACUUUGCAGAAUAUUUUAAGCAAUGGAGAGAAAUCACCUACUGUUCAGAGUCUUCUAUGGUGCAGGGAACCUGGAAAAGACUCCUGGAAGAGGUUAUUCUUUAGAAUAGAAGGUCACACACUGUGUUUUGCUUCCGCAUCCUAUGCAAAAGAUGAGAAACAACAGUUGUGGCCAUUCAGGGAUCUAUCAGAAUAUGAAAUUUAUACUCCUAUUGAAAAAAGUUGUACUACUCCGACAUCUUAUAGCUUUUGCCUGAAGAAUUCCGUAUGUCCAGAAGAAGAUUCUCGGAAUCUGCUGUGGCUCUCCUGUGAGAGCGAGAGACAUCGUCGGUGCUGGAUCGUUGCUCUCCGAUUAGCCAAAUAUGGAAGGAAAAUUCGAGAGAAUUAUAAGGAACUUCAGUCCAGGCAUUCAGAUUGUGCUCUUGAUUCCGAAGAUGGUGGAAUUACGAAUCCCAUGGAAUUGCUCUCUGAUUACACUCCAAUGAAACCUCGAGUUGCCAUGGAUUUUACAGGAUCUCAGAGUAGGAUUGUGGAUGAUCCGAAAGAAGCAAAAGCCAUAGCUGCCGCUGAAGGCCAUACAUGGAAGCGUCGCUUGCCCUGCUGUCGGGCCCCUUCGGGGGCGGGGGGCAAGGAGCAAGAGCCCAGUCCCACUGCCAGGCCAGCCCUGGAGUUUGGGGUCCACGCCCUCCAGCCCUGGUUUUACAGCGGGAUGUCCAGAGACGAGGCCACACACCUGCUCACCAAGUACGGGACUGUAGACGGGGUCUUUCUGGUGAGAGAAAGUCGAAGGAAUCCCGGGAGCUUUGUUUUAUCCUAUGUAUACAACCAUAAAGUACAUCAUUGCCAAAUAUUUCCGGUUGAAGAAAAGGACCAGCUAUGCUAUUCUUUGGACAAUGGCCGCACCAAAUUCUACGACUUGUUGCAACUGGUCGAAUUUUAUCAACUAAACUUAGGCUCCCUGCCCACCAAGCUCACACAUUUCUUGGUGCAUCGACCACGCACCAACGGGCAAAUCAACUGA